AUGACCAGCCAGUCUCAAGGAAUCCAGCAGCUUCUGCAGGCGGAAAAACGUGCCAAAGACAAACUGGAAGAAGCCAAAAAAAGUUUGAUUUCACCUCGGCUGUGCGGCUGCAGAGAACCUGGCCCAUACGAUCGGUGGGAUUUUGGCAAGGCAAUCCUUUAUCGUACAACUAAGGUAGCAGACAAGCAACUGAAACAUGGCAAAGAAGAAGCCAUAGCAGAGAUAGACCACUACCGGUUACAGAGGGAGAAAGAAUUUAGGCAUAAGCAAACGAACGUAAUGGGCUCCCAAGGUAACCUCUCUGCUAAAAUAGAAGAGCAAACAACAGAAACGGUCCGAAACCUCACUAGCAGCUACCACAAGAACAUGGAGAGCAUGAUGAAAAAGCUUUUGAACACAAUAUAUGACAUCAACCCUGAAAUCCACCCAAAUUUCAGAUACAAAGUUUAAGAUCUGCUGAUGUUCUAGGGAAGGGUAUUUGUAAGAAGUAGCCUUCUUUCUUGACACCACCAAUAUUUCCUCCUUUAUUGUUGCUGCAUGUGUGACAGAGAAGAGCACUAAAGCCCAAAGCCCAUAGUUCCACAUAUAUUUUUGAUGCUACAAAAAUUAUUCAAGGUUUCACAAGCAUUUGCUGGAACAUAGUUGUUUCUUGUCAGUAGCUAAGCCCGUCAUUUACAUGCGGGUAAGUCAAUAACAGCAGAAUAAACGAUUAUUUGACACAAGCAGCUUUUUAGUGGGUGUCAUUAUUUCUUUUCUUAUAUAAAAUGAUCUGCACUAGAUGUGCUGUUGAAUAAAAUCUGUUCAUCCCAAUCUUUAGUGUAUUUAAAGUCAUGUAAAAUAGAAUAAUAUUACAAAAUUUAAAAAUAAAGCAUUGCUGUUUUGUUUGGAAUACGUGGAGCGGUCAGAUUAUAGACCAUACAGGAACUCUGUAGCGUUUGAUCAAACAGAAUAGACCAAAACAUACUUGCAA